AUGCGCCUGGCGAAGGAGAUCGGCGCCAAAAAGCUGCAAGCGUACUGUGACUCCCAGCUCGUCGCCAACCAGUUCAGCGGAGAAUACGUCGCGAAAAACGAUAGGAUGGACGCCUAUCUCAAAGUGGUUCAAGUCUUGGCUCGAGAGUUCGACACUUUUGCCUUGACGAAAAUCCCCCGAAGCGAUAACUCCUCUGCCGAUGCGCUCGCCGCUCUCGCCUCCACCUCAGACCCCGAUCUACGCAGAGUGAUACCUGUGGAAAGCAUCGGCACGCCGAACAUCGACAUAGGCGAAACAAGCAUGGCCAUCGUCACGCUCGAACCCGGGGUCGAUGAUGCCGAGGAGAUGAACGAACCGAUGGAUCCCGAGCAGGUCCUGCUACCCGACGACUGGCGAGAAGAGAUACGAGACUACAUUCACGACGGCAAAGUGCCGACCGAUCGAUGGGCCGCUCGGCGUCUCAAAGCGAAAAGCGCUCACUACAUGGUCUUGGACGGCAAUCUCUUCAGGCGAAGCGCCUCCGGUCCCCUCAUGAUUUGCGUCUCCGGUUCUGAAUCCCGCCUCGUCAUGGAAGAAACCCACUCGGGUGCAGGAGGAAACCACUCGGUCGGCCGAGCCCUAGCCAUGAAGAUCAAGAAGAACGGCCAUUUUUGGCCGACUAUGAUAGCCGAUUGCGAAGCCUUCGCCAGCAAGUGCGAACCCUGCCAGUGA